UACUAACGCUAUUUAGUUGAUUUUGAACACUGCUUUGUCACACUCUAAACAGCAACAAUGUUUUUAUCGGCUGUUGACAGCUGAACCAUAUUCCUCUUCAGACUUUAGCAAAUCACUCGUGGGGUUAUAUAUAUGAAAAUCCUCCAUCGCCAAAGUGGCCAUUUGAGACAAGUUCAAGGAAAGGCCUAAACCUGCAGUCUUCGUCGGCGAACGUGCUUACCACACCUACAAUGUACAUUAAGUGCUUUUUUUUAUAGAAUGACCCAAAACAAAACUCGCUAAGAAGAAUGUUUUCAUUCAGAAAGGCAAAGCGUCAAAAUUAUAUUCGUGCUAACCUAUGUGGUGCGUGGUUUGAAACUGGUAAAUAGCAAUUCCAAAACGGACGCUCAAGAGUGUGUAGUGAACCACCCUUUUCUCUUGCCGUGACUUCAAUAUCCACAGAUAAGCAAGCACUUAAAAAAACGGAUAAAAAGGAAUUGGCGACGAAAUGGGGUAAAUCAAAUUGAAAAUUGAAGUUUGUACAUGAGAAUUUAAAGAACCACGAGCUGAAAAAAAAACAAUCAAAAUGACACACAGAAGGGAAGCGAAUGUAUCACAAAUAUCAAUAUCCUCGCAAAACUCAGCGCAUCGUCGUGGUUUAUCAUUAGGUUUUAAACCCAGAUAGCGGUCAUUGUAGCGAUUAUAUUCAGUUUUGACUUUUUGCUACUUUUUAUCUGUCUUUCAAGAGUAUUUCUGCAGUUAAGUGUGGUAUUUUUUCAUCUUCUUUUGAUACUGGCCACGUCCAAAUUUUGCCUUCAUUUUUCCCCUCAAUAAAUCUGCAAGAUAGGGAAAUAAUUUUGCCAGAUAAUAUUCUACCAUUAGAUGCAAAAAUCGAGAAUCUUUCAAUGGUGGGCAAAUGCACAUAAUUUCCCAGUAGACAUAUUUAGAUUUUUUUGUCCCAUUUACGUAACAGAUCUUCCUAAGACUUACUUUGACCCUAGGUGUAAGUUAGAUUAAUAAAAAGAUGACAACUUCUUUUCCUGAGGGAAAAAAAAAAAGAGAAAAAUGUCACCCGACGACAGUAACAAGCAUCCUAAACAACCCGAAGGUGAUGACCAGGACCUUGUAACCCAGCAGCCAUCUACAAGUGGAUCUGGCAGACCACAGUUCAAACAAGGAACACCUAGUGAUGAUGAACUGGAACAUCUUGCCGUAAAGCUUGGUGGUGCUUGGAAAAAGCUUGGGCGCCGCUUGGGAAUCAAAGAUCCAAAGCUUGAAGAAAUUUGCCAAUCAAACGAGGCACUCUCUGAAAAGGGAUAUCAAAUGCUCAGGCAUUGGAAAGGAGUAAACGGUUCAGCCGCAACUUACCAGAUUUUGGGUCAAGCUUUACAGACUAAGCUUGUGAAUCUGCGAAAUUUAGCAGAAGAAUUUUGCUAUGAGAAACAACAACUGGAAAUGUGACCCUAGAGUGAUGCAUAGAUUGCAUAUUUUUCUAUGUAAAAUCUAUAAUGGUAAACUAGAUACUGCCAUAACAAAGGAAGUAUAAUCUUGGUAUUUUAAGGAAAGGCUAUUGUUUCCUUUUUGUAGAUUUUCAUCUUAUUUUUGAUGAUUGUUGAAUUCUUAUGCUGACUCAACCUAUGACGUGAACUCAGUAUAGAUAGGACUUUAUGCUUGAAACUCUCAGUUUGUUAGAGGAAUUUUCCCACCUUGAAAUCGCCGAAGAGUUAAGUAAUUUUCUCCGGAAGUGAUCAGCUAAUUUUGUAAAAUUUGCGCUUAGUUGUUUCUCUCAUUAUGCAUCAAUAUAACUUCUAGACGCUCGUAGCUGUCAAUUGAUUUGAUCUAUAGAACCCAGAGCUACAAAAUUAUUUAUGUGAGGGCUGUUUUCGAAUAAGUUCUACUAUUUUGAGUGGCGAAUUUUGUUCAACGCCCAGAGAGCUGGAUGUAUCAUAGAUUUUAGACGGUUUAUACACCCACUAAAACGGGAAUGGUUCUUAGCGACUCCUAAGGAGUGAUAUCAUUUGUAACGAUUGUAUUUUUUAAAAGUGAACGUUGUGUAAGGUUUCACUCUGAAAAAAGUUUAUGAAUAGUUAAAUAGAUCCAUGUUUUUAAAUAUUAAUUUGAGAUAGUUAAUCAAUUGACAAUAACAUGUAACCACAGACUGUUUUUUAAGAAAACACCAUCUUUUUAUCAUUAUCACACAAAACUUUUCUAUCGUACUUGUAAGUUUGGAUGUAGUCUAAUCUGUUCACAGUUCAUUUUAAAAUACAGCGGUUAUACAGAACA